AUGAAUAAAAUCUUGAACUCAAUAAAGAAGGGAUGGAAUAAUGUUAUGCACCCAUGCCUUCAGAAUGAUAAGGUGGAAACACUGAUUCCUUCAGAGCUUAAUGCAGAAGCUAUUCCUAAUCUAAAGGAUGAUGCUGGUCUGGGGAGCUCUGAAUUAAACACUGAAAUCAAACCGGACAAACGAAAGGCUUUCUUUGGCUGUCUCUGGAGGGGCAAGGUGGAGUCAAUGCCGACUCCACAGCUUAAAGCCGAUCCAGCUAUCCCUGAUGUUAGGGAAGUUGUUGAUCCGGCAUCUCAGUCAAAGGCCGACGUUAGUCCGAAGAAACAGAAACAAAAGGCUUCAAAGAGCCGCAAAUGUAACCUCCAGGGAGAAAAAGUGACUGUUGUGCCAACUCAACAGCCCAAGGCUAUUUCAGAUAUUCCUGUUGGGAUGGAUGUUCCUGCUCUGGCCAGCCCCCAAUCAAAAACAAAGAUUCAUCCGGAUAGUCGCAAGACAUUGAAGCAACGCUUCCUUGGAUGCUUCCGGAGGGGCAAAGUGGAGUCAAUGCCGACUUCACAGAUUGAAGCCGAUCCAGCUAUCCCUGAUGCCAGGGAAGUUGUUGAUCUGGCAGAUUCUUAA